AUGGCGUCCCAGUUAGAGGACGAUCUCAGCUGCCCAGUCUGCCUGGACUUCUUCAAAGAUCCCGUCAUCCUAUCCUGCUGCCACAGCUUCUGUAGAGUGUGUGUGGAGAAGAGCUGGAAGGAGAAGGAGGACAAGGAGUGUCCUCUCUGUAAGAGGAGACAGUCAAACAAUUUAAGGCCUAACUUUGCUUUAAAGAAUCUGUGUGAGACUUUUCUGCAGGAGAGAGACCAGAGAGGUUCAGAGGAUCUCUGCAGUCUGCACCAUGAAAAACUCAAACUCUUCUGUCUGGACCAUCAGGAGCUGGUGUGUCUUGUCUGCAGCAUCUCAAAAAACCAUGCUCAACACACGAUCAGACCGAUCAAUGAAGCUGCAGAAGAACACAAGAAGAGCCUUGAGGAAACUCUGCAGCCCUUAAAGAAGAAGUUAAAGGCUCUUAAAGACGUUAAAGUAAAGUUUGAUCUAACAGAAGCUCACAUCCAGGCCCAGGCCCGACACACAGAGAGGCAGAUUAAGGAGCAGCUUAAGAAGCUUCAUCAGUUUCUAGCAGAGGAAGAGGAGGCCAGGCUGCGUGCACUGAGGGAGGAAGAGGAGCAGAAGAGACAGAGGAUGAAGGAGCAGAUGGAGGCUCUGAGAGUACAGAUAGCAGAUCUUUCACAGACAGUCAGAGCCACAGAGGACCAGCUGAUGGACCAAGACGUCUCCUUCCUGAGAAACUACAAGACUGCAGUGGAGAGAGUCCAGCAGCGCCCCCUGCUGGAGGAUCCACAGCUGCCCUCAGGAGCUCUGAUAGACCAGGCCAAACACCUAGGCAACCUGGGCUUCAACAUCUGGACCAAGAUGAAGGACGUGGUCUCCUACACACCUGUGAUUCUAGACCCAAACACCGCUUAUCCAGACCUCAUUGUGUCUGAUGAUCUGACCAGCCUGGGACCAGCAGAAGACGUGCAGCAGCUUCCUGAUAAUCCAGAGAGGUUUGAUUAUUACUAUGCUGUCCUGGGCUCUGAGGGCUUUAACUCAGGGACUCACAGCUGGGACAUCCAGGUUGGAGACAGUCCACGUUGGUUACUGGGGGUUUCAGAAGAGUCUUUGAGGAAAGGAGACACAUCUGGAUUAUGGGCAGAAGAGUCCAUGAGGAAGGAAGACAUGUGGUCUGGAUUAUGGGCAGUAUGGUUCAUUUGUGGUAAAUACAUAGCAUUCUCACCACAACAUUCAAGAGAAGCUCUCUCAGUAGAGAAUCAGCCAGAGAGGAUCCGGGUCAGUCUGGACUGGGACAGAGGAGAGCUGUCGUUCUCUGAUCCUGAUACUAACACACUCUUACACUCCUUCACACACACUUUCACUGAGAGAGUGUUUCCAUUUGUUGACACUCUGGCUAACAUCCCACUGAAGAUUUUACCGAAGAACUUCUCUGUGACUGUGGAACGAAACUAA